UUCCCUUUGAAGAGUCACAGAUCAUCCACUGAAUGCGGUCAGCUGAGCCGAAUCCGUAGACCUGUGAUCAAAAGAACAUCUGACAGUAGACCUACAUACUUCAAAACUCCUCAGGCAUGGAGAAGAUCUUCCUCAAACCAAACGGGGAACACAAGAAGGGAUGUCAGCAAUUCAUCCCGAAAUAGAUGCAGCCUUUCGGAUUCAGAUUCUUCUAAAUCCUCUUCAAGCGACGCAAACUUGCGUGACGAUUACAGAUUUGCAAGAAGACACAGAGGCUCGCACUUAUACAAAAAGUGUGCUACUAGUUGUCCAACUAAAUUUGUUGGAGAGAAACGUGAAUCAGCUGUUCACCCGGACCUCUUGGACAGCCCAAACACACACACAGACUCUGAAAUGCUGAAAUAUCCCUUGGCUGGAUGGAUGCCACAGUGUCCGUUCACUCUAGAUCAACAACAAGAUUCCAAACACACACUUCAUUCUACAGAUUGUGACAGAUUUCAAGACAUGAACUCCUCGCGGUUAACAGAGCGAGAAGACCCCCUACCAUUACAGCCAUCUGUAGUCGCAGACACGAGGAGCAGAGUUGACUCGUGUCCUGAAGAAUGUCUGUCUAAAGACAUGUCAGAAAUUGUGCCCCCUGAAGUGAGACCCAAACCUGCCGUCCCAGCUAAGCCCUCUCACGUGGCCCCGUCUUCUAGUGGUCCCUUUGUGCCUUCACCCCAAGGAACAGGGGGUGAAGGUCAAGGGUCAGGUCGAGGAUCUGCAUUGCUUGGAUACAUUGGAAUAGACACCAUCAUCGAGCAGAUGCGGAAGAAGACCAUGAAGACAGGCUUUGACUUCAACAUCAUGGUGGUUGGUCAGAGUGGUCUUGGGAAGUCUACUUUAGUGAAUACACUCUUUAAGUCACAGGUGAGCAGGAGGAGCACAAGCUGGAGUCGUGAUGAGAAGAUCCCAAAGACUGUUGAGAUUAAAUCUGCAUCUCAUGUGAUUGAGGAAGGAGGGGUGAAGAUGAAGUUAACAGUCGUUGACACACCAGGUUUUGGGGACCAAAUCAACAAUGAAAAUUGCUGGGAGCCCAUAUCCAAAUACAUCAAUGAACAAUAUGAGAAAUUUUUGAAGGAAGAGGUCAACAUUGCUCGCAAGAAACGCAUCCCCGAUACCAGAGUGCACUGCUGCUUGUACUUCAUAUCUCCAACUGGACACUCGCUUCGCCAGUUGGAUAUUGAGUUCAUGAAACAUCUGAGUCGUGUGGUCAACAUCAUUCCUGUAAUAGCCAAGUCGGACACACUCACUCUUGAUGAGAAAACUGAAUUUAAACAGAGGGUGAGGAAGGAGCUGGAAGCAUGUGGGAUUGAGUGUUACCCACAGAAGGAGUUUGAUGAAGACAUGGAGGAUAAGAGUGAUAAUGACAAGAUCAGGGAGGCGAUGCCCUUUGCAGUGGUAGGAAGUGAUAAAGAGUACCAGGUCAAUGGCAAACGAGUUUUGGGUAGGAAGACAGCCUGGGGAGUGGUGGAGGUUGAAAACCCAAAUCACUGCGAAUUCUCCUUACUUCGUGAUUUCAUGAUUAGGUCUCACCUCCAGGACCUGAAGGAGGUCACUCAUAACAUCCACUACGAGACGUACCGUGCCAAGAGGCUCAACGAUAACGGAGGUCUGCAUCCCAUCUCCUCUGGCCAAGACACACAAGAAAGCAACCUGUGAGGAAAGCUGCGAGAGAAGACUAGGAAUCAUCUUGUAGUAAUUCAGCUGUGCAUGCUCAGAUGAUUUCAUCGCUGUGGAGGUUUUGUCCUUAUGCUCCUUUUAACCCUUUGUGGAACUUGUCAUCAUCUCUUGUCGCACAACCUUUGAAAAUUAGAAAAAGCCUUCCCCAGUUGCUGGCUCUGCUGACUUAAAUGAGUGAGUUUGCUCGUGAUAAUCUUGUUCAGGUCUAAUAUGAUGGUACAUAGUCUUGUGCACAAGCAUUUGUAAUUUGAAAUUGCCCAGUGUUGGCACAUCUGUCCUCUACUGGAACCUCUGUUAGACACAUUUGAGCAGUUUUAUAUUGUUAGAAGGAGGAUUGCACUGCCACUGCAGCCUGCAGCUCAAUGGGCCUUAUUUAUUAAAACAUUUAGCACACUUUUAGUACCUAUGCCAAUUAAACAUACUCAAGUUAUGAGUAAGCCUACUAAAUUUUAACAUGCAAGUGUUUUAAUAAGUAUUUCAUCUCUUUGGCCCUAUAAGGGUACAGCAGUGUUUCUCUAAGUACAUUAGAUUCUGUAGUACUAAUGUCUUUUUACCUUUGCUUUGUAACUCUGCCAAAGCAAGUCUCAGAGGACUCUGAAGUGACCAUUGAAGUAUAUUCCUACAGAUGAUUCCAAACAGGUACAACAGUUUAAAUGCAUGCCAGGAUUUACAGUGGCUAAAGAACACUGAUUAAAAAUGAUCAGUCCCUUUAACAAAUCAAGAGUUGUAGUUUUGAGGUUUUUCUUCAGCACAUUUUGUAUGGACACACCCCACGUUUGUGUGAAUGAGUAUAAGAAUGACAAAGCUUUCUCAACAUUUUGCAUAUGGUAACAGUGAUUUCUGUCUUAUGUUAUGGAUUGUUUUUUACAUUUUCAUUUCCCAUGAGUGCCAACAUUUCCAAAUGUGUGUUUAUGUGUAAUUCAAUAUUCCAUCACACAAUAUCACUUCACAGAUUGAUACUUGAUGUAGGAAUUCUAUACAUACUGAACCUAAAUCAGUUCACCAGUCAUUCAUGUUUUUUCAUAUCACGUUUAAUUAAUGCUGGUGUGGAAUAAUAAUUGAACAAUAAUUAUGAAACAUUAUUUAUAUUGUAUUUGUUUUAUUUAUUAUGAUACUUAUGUUGUAAUUUAAUAAACAUGUUUGCCAUAA